CUACUGAUCUGACAGCUGUGCGCGUACAAGCAGCAUAUGAGACAGGAGAGCUAGGCUAGCAAGCUUACUAGCUAGCUAGCUUUGCAAGAACUAGGACAACGUUCAUGGGGUGGAGAGGACUAGCUUCGUUGCUCGCCCAUACACUGACAACAUUUGCUUAAUCUACGUUUUAAGAUAAAAUCUCCGGUCAGAGAGACCAGGACUGUUUACCUAGCUUGCCAACACAGCUAUCUUGCAGAUCCGUAUCUUGUGGACGUUGUCAGAGCAAGCUUUAAGAAGCUAGCUAGCUAGCCGUCUAAAGAGAAGCCCAUUCAGACAGACUACCGGACCGUAACAUCAAGAUGAAGAACGAGGGUAUUGAAGGCACCGAGAGGUUUCUUAGUCCAGGCAAAGGAAGGGGACUGCGGUCCGUUAAACACUUUGCGGUUGGAGACCUCGUGUUCAGCUGUCCAGCUUUCUCGUACGUGCUGACAGUGAACGAGAGGGGGGCACACUGUGAAUUCUGCUUCACCAGGAGGGAAGGUCUUUCCAAGUGUGGCAAGUGUAAACAAGCCUACUACUGUAAUAUCGACUGUCAGAAGGGGGACUGGACCAUGCACAAGCUGGAGUGCUCUGCCAUGUGCUCCUAUGGAGAGAACUGGUGUCCUUCAGAGACUGUCAGACUGGUGGCCAGAAUCAUCAUGAAACAGAAAGUCACCACAGAGCCAACACCGUCCGAGAGGCUGCUGUUACUCACCGAGUUUGAAGCUCAUCUAGAUAAGUUGGACAACGAGAAGGAUGAGAUGAACCAGACAGACAUUGCAGCCCUCCACCACUUCUACUCCAAACACAUCGACUUCCCUGACGACCAGGCUCUCACUGUGCUGUUUGGACAGGUCAACUGUAACGGCUUCACCAUAGAGGAUGAGGAGCUGUCUCACCUGGGCUCUGCUGUGUUCCCAGACGUAGCUCUGAUGAACCACAGCUGUAGUCCCAACGUCAUUGUCACCUACAAGGGGACCGUGGCGGAGGUGAGGGCGGUCCAGGAGAUCAACCCUGGAGACGAGGUGUUUAACAGCUACAUCGACCUGCUCUAUCCGACAGAGGACAGGCAGGAGCGACUUGUCGACUCCUAUUUCUUCUCCUGCGAGUGUACAGAGUGCAGCACCAAGUCUAAGGACAAGGCUAAGAUGGAGCUCCGUAAGAAGCUCAGUCCUCCUCCGAAGCUCGAGGAUGUUCGAGUGAUGGUCCUCUACGCGAAGAACGUCAUCGAGGAGUUCCGUCGAGCCAAGCACUACAAAACCCCUAGUGAGCUGCUGGAAAUCUGUGAGCUGAGCCAGGAGAAGAUGGGCUCCAUGUUUGCAGACACCAAUGUGUACAUGCUGCACAUGAUGUACCAGGCCAUGGGGGUGUGUCUGUACAUGCAGGACUGGGACGGAGCCAUGAGCUACGGGGAGAAGAUCAUCCACCCUUACAGUGUCCACUACCCAGCCUACUCUCUGAACGUGGCCUCCAUGUACCUGAAGCUGGGCCGUCUGUGCCUGGGUCUGGAGAGGAAGGCUCAGGGGGUGAAGGCCUUGAAGAAGGCGAUCGCCAUCAUGGAGGUGGCUCACGGCAAGGAUCACCACUACGUCUCCGAGGUCAGACGAGAAGUGGAGGAGCAGAAGUAAGGAUGGAGCGGAGGAGGAGGAAAGGAGGAGGAAGAGGAGGAGGAAAGAUGAAGGAGAACAAGAGCCAGUGGUGGAAUUGAGCCAGAGACCUCCUUAACAAGCGACAAAACGAUAGCAGCACGGCAUGCAUCUUACAGUAUACCUCUCUCUCUCUCUCUUUUUUACAUCUCCCUCUCAGUCCUAUCUUUUAGCCAAGGUGAUGUCAUCAUAUCAGUUCUCAUACCAGAGCCCUGUUUGGCCUCGUCGAGGAUUCCUUCCUGCUUUGACUGUCAUCUAGCUGCCUGGACGGCUGAAAAGGCCUAGCACCUGUCACCACGUGGCUCUGCUCAAGGCCUCUGUUCAAGGCCUCUGUUCAAGGCCUCUGUUCAAGGCCUCUGUUCAAGGCCUCUGUUCAAGGCCUCUGUUCAAGGCCUCUGUUCAAGGCCUCUGUUCAAGGCCUCUGUUCAAGGCCUCUGUUCAAGGCCUCUGUUCAAGGCCUCUGUUCAAGGCCUCUGUUCAAGGCCUCUGUUCAAGGCAUCUGUUCAAGGCCUCUGUUCAAGGCCCUCACCCAGGGAUGCUAGUGUGACAGGCCUGGUUCAGCUGGGCCUUCUGCUUCCUGGUCUCUGUUCUGCUUCUGGGUUAACUAGCAAAUCAUGCACUGUGCUCUUGGAAUCUUUUAAACGUAAUUAACAUCUCCUCUUGGUAUGUAUUGUAAA